GGCGGCGACGGUGACGGUGGCGCCGCUGCCGGGGGGCGUGCGGAAGCGCGGCGGCGGCGGCAGCGGCGGCGGCGGCAGCGGCGGCGGCGGCAGGGCUUCGAGCGCCGUUGGCUGCGGGCGCCGGGCUCGAGCAGUGCUGACGAGAAGAUGGAGGAGCUAGUGGUGGAAGUGCGAGGUUCCAAUGGCGCUUUCUACAAGGCAUUUGUAAAAGAUGUUCAUGAGGACUCAAUAACAGUUGCAUUUGAAAACAACUGGCAGCCAGAGAGGCAGAUUCCAUUCCAUGAUGUGAGAUUUCCACCUCCUGUAGGUUAUAAUAAAGAUAUAAAUGAAAGUGAUGAAGUUGAGGUUUAUUCCAGAGCAAAUGAAAAAGAGCCUUGCUGUUGGUGGUUAGCUAAAGUGAGGAUGAUAAAGGGUGAGUUUUACGUGAUAGAAUAUGCUGCAUGUGAUGCUACGUAUAAUGAGAUUGUCACAAUUGAACGUCUGAGAUCAGUGAAUCCCAACAAACCUGCGACAAAAGAUACUUUCCAUAAGAUCAAAUUGGACGUGCCAGAAGACUUACGGCAAAUGUGUGCCAAAGAAUCAACACAUAAGGACUUUAAAAAGGCAGUUGGUGCAUUUUCUGUAACUUAUGAUCCAGAAAAUUAUCAGCUUGUCAUUUUGUCCAUCAAUGAAGUCACCUCAAAGAGAGCACAUAUGCUAAUUGACAUGCACUUUCGGAGUCUGCGCACUAAAUUGUCUCUGAUAUUGAGAAAUGAAGAAGCCAGUAAACAGCUGGAGAGUUCAAGGCAACUUGCCUCAAGGUUUCAUGAACAGUUUAUUGUACGAGAAGAUUUGAUGGGUCUAGCCAUUGGUACUCAUGGUGCUAAUAUUCAGCAAGCUAGAAAAGUUCCUGGGGUCACUGCUAUUGAUCUAGAUGAAGAUACCUGCACAUUUCAUAUUUAUGGAGAGGAUCAGGAUGCAGUGAAGAAGGCUAGAAGCUUUCUUGAGUUUGCUGAAGAUGUCAUACAAGUUCCAAGGAACUUAGUAGGCAAAGUAAUAGGAAAAAAUGGAAAACUGAUUCAGGAGAUUGUGGACAAGUCAGGAGUUGUGAGGGUGAGGAUUGAGGCUGAAAAUGAAAAAAACGUCCCACAAGAAGAGGAAAUUAUGCCACCAAAUUCCCUGCCUUCCAAUAAUUCAAGGGUUGGACCUAAUACCUCAGAAGAAAAAAAACAUUUAGAUAUAAAAGAAAACAGCGCCCAUUUUUCUCAACCAAACAGUACAAAAGUCCAGAGGGGUAUGGUACCAUUCGUUUUUGUGGGAACAAAGGACAGCAUCGCUAAUGCCACUGUUCUUUUGGAUUAUCACCUGAACUAUUUAAAGGAAGUAGACCAGUUGCGUUUGGAGAGAUUACAAAUUGAUGAGCAGUUGCGACAGAUUGGAGCUAGUUCUAGACCACCACCAAAUCGUACAGAUAAGGAAAAAGGCUAUGUGACUGAUGAUGGUCAAGGAAUGGGUCGAGGUAGUAGACCUUACAGAAAUAGGGGGCACGGCAGACGCGGUCCUGGAUAUACUUCAGGAACUAAUUCUGAAGCAUCAAAUGCUUCUGAAACAGAAUCUGACCACAGAGACGAACUCAGUGAUUGGUCAUUAGCUCCAACAGAGGAAGAGAGGGAGAGCUUUCUGCGCAGAGGAGACGGGCGGCGACGUGGAGCAGGAGGAAGAGGACAGGGAGGAAGAGGACGUGGAGGAGGCUUCAAAGGAAACGACGAUCACUCCCGAACAGAUAAUCGUCCACGUAAUCCAAGAGAGGCUAAAGGAAGAACAGCUGAUGGAUCCCUUCAGAUCAGAGUUGACUGCAAUAAUGAAAGGAGUGUCCACACUAAAACAUUACAGAAUACCUCCAGUGAAGGUAAUCGACUGCGCACGGGUAAAGAUCGUAACCAGAAGAAGGAAAAGCCAGACAGCGUGGAUGGUCAACAACCACUUGUGAACGGAGUACCCUAAACUGCAUAAUUCCGAAGUUAUAUUUCCUAUACCAUUUCCAUACUUCUUAUUCCAUAUUAGAAAACUUUGUUAGGCCAAAGACAAAUAGUAGGCAAGAUGGCACAGGGCAUGAAAUGAACACAAAUUCUGCUAAGAAUUUUAUUAUUUUUUUAUUUUUUUAUUU